AUUCCUAAUUAACUCGUUGUUUUAUUUCCGCCUAAGAGAGUUUAUCAGAAGGAGGCAGUAAAGUAGAAGAGUAGCCGUUGCUGGGUACGCAGUGGCUGCUUUUUCUAGUUCUCAGAAUCAUCUGCCACUUGCAUCAAAGUUCCAACAGAAAAUGACGACUACUCAAUCGGCGGCGAAGAUCGAUUCAAACCAUCAACGCCUCUACGAUUUCACGAAAAUGGCUCUUAUCAAGAUAUUCGCUCACCCCUACGCCACGGUGUGCGACUUGUAUUGUGGAGGAGGCGCUGAUUCUGAUAAAUGGCUCGACGCACAAAUCGGCCAUUACAUUGGUAUUGAUGUUUCUUCCUCCGGGAUAGACCAAAUUCGACAAGCUUGGGAGAGUAACCGCAAAUCUUACACUGCUGAUUUCUUUCAGCUUGAUCCUUCCACGGAAAGUUUUGAAAUGAAUUUGGAAGAGAAGAGAAAUACAGUUGAUUUUGUCUGCUGUUUGCAGCAUUUGCAGUUGUGUUUUGAAACUGAAGAGAAAGCGCGGAUACUUCUUCAAAACGUUUCAUUUCUACUGAAACCGGGGGGAUAUUUUCUCGGUAUUACUCCUGACUCAUCUACCAUAUGGGCCAAGUAUCAGAAGAAUGUUGAAUCCUAUCACAACAAAGGCAGCAGCAUGAAGGCAAACAUUGUUCCCAUCUGCAUCCGGACAGAGAAUUACACAAUUACUUUUGAAGUUGAAGAAGAAAAGUUUCCAUUAUUUGGAAAGAAAUAUCAGCUGAAGUUUGCUAAUGAUGUCUCUGCGGAAACCCAUUGCCUGGUUCAUUUUCCAAGUUUAAUCAGACUGGCAAGGGAAGCUGGCCUCGAGUAUGUGGAGAUCCAAAAUUUGACCGAGUUUUAUGAUGACAACAGAGCACAAUUAGCAGGCUUGCUUACGAACUAUGCUCCAAACCUUUUGGAUGUUAGGGGUAGACUACUUCCUCGAUCAUAUGAUGCGCUUGGUCUCUAUACAACAUUUAUAUUUCAAAAGCCUGACCCAGAAGUUGCACCCCCGAUUGCAUCUCCAUUAUUGCAAGAUGUUUGCUAUAACCUCGAAGAGGGAACAAUCUGGCGAGAGGAUGAAAUAAAUGGACUUGUACUAGAGUCUUCUAUUGGGCUGGGCAAGAUUAGCGAGCAGAAAGGGAUAUUGGGCCCUGGCCCAGCAGAACUACGAUAUCCAGAAGCAAUUUGAUAUGUCUGUUCUAAUGAAGCUAUAGGUUAAGCUAUUUUGUGAUAUCCUGAAGUACCUUGAUAUGUCUGUUCUAAUGAAGCUAUAGGUUUAGCCAUUUUAGUUGGUUAGUGCUGUUAAUAUUUUACUGGCACCCCAGAAAGAGGAAGUUAGACUCCUAUUUUUUCCCUCUGUGUUUCUAAGGUUUGGUGUUUUAGCUGACAUGUAGUCAAACGUUGAGAGGUUGGGUUAUCUUAUAUUGGCAUAUUUUAGUGUACUUUUUUACUUUGGAUCUUCUCUUA